GAACUAAAGUUAUAACCAUUUGGUUGUGUGCGAGGGACAGGGCUUAGGGUUUGGCCGCUCGUUCUUUCGUGUUCUCGGACCAAUGGCCGCGGCGGCAGCAGCGACAGCGAGCUUCGUCCAGGCGCCAGUGAGCGCCAAGCACUCCGGCGGAUCUCCUUCCCUUUCCAGCAGGCCCGCAUUCCAGAGCUUCAUCGGCAUGAAAUCCAGUGGAGAAUGCCGGCAGGCCGCAUUCUUCCGCGGCGACAUGCACGAUAUUUCGCUGAGGAAUCACAAGCCCCUUGUGACUGUCGCUGCCAGGAACGCCGAUGUUCGCCCCAGAGCUGCCGCGACGUACAAGGCGGCCGUGCUGGGAGCUGGUGGAGGAAUCGGGCAGCCGCUCUCUCUGCUGCUUAAGAUGUCGCCGCUGCUCUCGCAUCUAAACCUCUACGAUAUUGCCAACGUCAAGGGCGUGGCUGCAGAUUUGAGUCACUGUAACACACCAUCACUGGUGACGCCUUACACUGGAGCUGAGGAGCUCGCGGAGUCACUCAAGGGUGUAGAUCUUAUCAUCAUUCCUGCUGGAGUUCCUCGAAAGCCAGGAAUGACGAGAGACGAUCUUUUCAACAUCAACGCUGGUAUUGUGAAGACACUUGUCGAGGCAGCAGCAGAUUACGCACCCAAGGCUUGGAUCAACAUUAUCAGCAAUCCCGUGAACUCGACCGUGCCCAUAGCUGCUGAGGUUCUUAAAAAGAAGGGAGUGUUCGAUCCAAAGAAGCUCUUUGGUGUGACGACUCUCGACGUUGUGCGGGCAAACACUUUUGUAGCUCAGCAGAAGACUCUGAGGCUCAUUGAUGUGGAUGUUCCGGUCGUGGGUGGACAUGCCGGGAUCACCAUUCUUCCGCUGCUGUCCAAGACACGCCCCAAAACCGAGUUCACGCAAGAGGAGAUCGAGAAGCUGACAGUGAGGAUUCAAAACGCUGGCACAGAAGUAGUCGAGGCAAAGGCUGGAGCAGGCUCUGCGACUUUGUCGAUGGCCUACGCUGCUGCUCGCUUUGCGGAGUCUUGCCUUCGUGCAAUUGACGGCGACGCUGAUGUCUACGAGUGCACUUACGUCAAGUCGGAUGUGAUGCAAGAGCUCCCCUUCUUCGCGUCGCGAGUGAAGCUGGGCAAGGAUGGAGUGGAGGCAUUCGUCCACACGGACAUCCGGGGCCUGACAGAGUACGAGGAGAAAGCUCUCCAGGCUUUGAUUCCAGAGCUCAAGGGCAGCAUCGAGAAGGGAAUUAAUUUCGUUAACAAGCAACCAGCCGCGGCAUCCGUGUAGGAACCAUUCGAGGCAAAGUUUUGACAGAUUUUUGGCAGACAUUUGAUAAAGAAUAAAUUCGAUAUGCUAAACCUUUGAUAUUAGAA